CCAAUUAAAGCCUCAAAAAUAGAAACUGAUCAUCAGCAUUUGCAUUUGUAGUUUUGCUAAAAUAAAAAAUCUUAUCCUCAUUCACAGUUGUUCGUUCGUCGGUCCAUUCCAUCAAUGGCGAAACCAAUCGUAGACACAGAAUACAUCAAUGAAAUUGAGAAAGCUCGUCGCGAUCUCCGCGCUCUAAUCGCCAGCAAAAACUGUGCACCAAUCAUGCUUCGCUUAGCAUGGCACGAUGCAGGAACGUAUGAUUUUAAGUCAAAAACUGGUGGACCGAAUGGUUCUAUCAGAAAUGAGGAAGAGUUCACUCAUGGUGCUAAUAAUGGCUUGAAAAUCGCUCUUGACUUUUGCGAAGCAGUGAAGUCUAAACAUCCAAAGAUUACAUAUGCAGAUCUAUACCAGCUUGCAGGUGUUGUUGCAGUUGAGGUCACUGGUGGUCCGACUAUUGAUUUUGUCCCUGGUAGGAAGGAUUCCAGUAUUUCUACAAAGGAAGGGCGGUUGCCAGAUGCUAAACAAGGUGUGCCACAUCUAAAAGACGUAUUUUAUAGGAUGGGUUUGUCUGACAAAGAUAUAGUGGCACUAUCAGGGGCUCAUACACUGGGAAGGGCACAUCCAGAAAGAUCAGGCUUUGAUGGUCCAUGGACAAAGGAGCCACUGAAAUUUGACAAUUCAUAUUUUGUGGAGCUGCUUACGGGGGAAAGUGAGGGCCUACUGAAACUUCCCACAGACAUAGCUUUAUUGGAUGAUCCUGAGUUCAGACAGUAUGUUGAGCUGUAUGCUAAGGAUGAAGAUGCUUUCUUUAAGGAUUACGCCAUAUCACACAAGAAACUAUCUGAGCUAGGGUGCACCCUAAGUUCUGGUUCCAAGACCACAGUGAGGGAUGGUACUAUAUUAGCACAAAGUGCUGUAGGAGUUGUUGUGGCUGCAGCAGUGGUGGCACUGAGUUACUGGUAUGAAGUGCGGAAAAGGAUGAAGUAAAUUGCAGGACGACGUAUUCCAUUCUUACCUCCAUAUCACAACCUCGUACCCAUUAAUGAUGAACUGUACCUUAUUUGUAUGGUUUUACACACUACUUUCAAAUAAUAGCAUUUAGUGUUGGAUUAAUACAAAAAUAUAGUACUAAUAAACUGGUUGUACCGUGGAAUCUAUGUUUAUAUUUGAUCCCGUACUUUUGGAGGGUUA